UUGAACGUCUUGAAUCGGUCCAUUAACUAAAUUCAAAGGUUCCACCAUACAAUUUUGGGACAAUUGUGAAGAUCAAUCUCUAUUUGGCCGAUACAUGAGCAUGAUGCAUUUACAUGGAAGCUUCUCUUUAACUUGGGUGGUUCAAAUAUUCAAAAUGUGAAUAUUGAGGAAACAUCACUUCUUCUUCUUCUUCUUCUUCAUCAUCAUCAUCAUCUUUUGUUCAUUUGCUUUUCCAAUCAAUUUCCCAGCCUCUACAGAAUGGGGAAAAACGUCUGGGUUGAUGGGUCUGCUAUUUACGGUCGAAAUGCUGAUAAGGAAGCAAUUGUACAGAGGUUGCUAUCAGUUGAUGAAGCAAAUCACAGAGCCUUAGAAGUGAUUUCCAUAAUGGGUAUGGGCGGAAUUGGUAAAACACUCCUCACAAAGCUUGUUUAUGUUGAUAGCAGAGUACAAGAAUGUUUCGAUGUCAAAGCAUGGGUUUGUGCUGCAGCAAAAUUCGAUCCUUUUAAGCUAGCUAAUGAUAUUCUUGAAGAACUCACCUCCAAGACUUGUGAUACCAAACCCACUUGUGAUCAGCCUUUAGUACUUGAUGAGCUGAAGAAAAAAUUGCUGGGCAAAAAAUUCUUUCUUGUGUUAGAUGAUGUUUGGAACGAUAGUAAAGCUGAGUGGAACCUGUUACUGUUUCACUUACAAUCUGCUGGAGCACAAGGAAGUAAAAUCAUAGUCACCACACGCAGUGAGAGUGUAGCGUCAGCUGUAGGUGCUGUUCAAUCUCAAGUUCUGAGUGAGUUAAGUGAUGAUGAGUGCUGGAAUUUGUUUGCUAAACAUGCAUUUAAUGAUGGUCAUUAUGCUAAUGCAAAUCAAAAUCAUCCAAGGUUAGAGAUGAUUAGUAGAGAAAUAGUGAAGAAGUGUCGAGGUCUUCCUUUAAUUGCAAAGAUGCUGGGAGAUGUCUUGUGCUGUGAAAAGGAUAUUGAGCAAUGGCAGAAGAUAUCAGAUAAUAUGGAACUUUGUUCAAAUUACGAUGUUUUUAUGAUUCUAAAGUUGACUCAUGUUGAUCUCCUAUUCCACCUGAAGCAAUGCCUUGCUUACCGUAUAAAAUCUCCCAAGGAUUAUACAUUUGUAAAGGAGAAAUUAGUCCUUUCUUGGAUUGAAGAAGGAUUGGUCCGACCUCAAGAAAAUAAAAGAGUUGAUGAUUUUGGAUCAAGAGAUUUUAUUAUUCAAGAUUUAGCUUAUAUCAGUCAAUGAAAAUAUUUUCCAGUGCCCAGUUCUUGGAAGAGAGAGUGAGGUAGCUUCUGAAUGGGGAGCAGCGCUCACAAACAUCAUCCUAGAGAUUCUGUUGGUGAUUUUCGACCAAAUUGCCUCGCCAAAAAAGCCUCACUAUGCACUGAUAGCUUUGGUGGUGUCUUUGGUAGCCAUGUUUAUUUGCAUCACAGAGCUUGUUUAUAAGGGACAAAAGCAGAAGAUUACUUUGAAGAGGAGAGGCAUGAGGUGUUGGCUUAAUUUUCCAUCUUCAAACCACAACCCAUAUACAUUAGUAGAUGUUUUCAGCUUUGUUAGUGCUCUCUCGCAGUUCAUUUACUCAAGUAUUGGAUAUAGCUAUCUAUGCAGAGGAUCACAGAAUCCAAUCAAAGUGUGUUUUGUACCUGUCAUUUGCAUCAUAUGUACAGCUUCUUCUAAAUUAUUCAGGAAACUAAAUGAAACAACACUUCCAAUUUCAAGGGAAGCUUAAAGAUAUAG